GUUAAGUAAGUUACCUCAGAACGAUUCACGCCGGUCACCUCCAUUGACAGCGUUUCUGUUACUUCAUGUUGUCUCUGUACUACUACUGUAAGUAAAACGUCAUCAUUUAGCGACAGUGACAUUAGAGAACGAAGCUUCGAACAUGGCUCCGUCGCCGACCAAGAGGAAGGAUCGCUCGGACGACAAGACCAAAGAGCGAGGCAAGGAGAAAGCGAGCACCAAAGAAGGGGCGGACAAGGAGAGGGGCAGAGAGAAGGGGCGCAAACGCCGCAGUGCCUCCACAGGCAGCAGCAGCUCCAGUUCCAGCAGUAGCUCGGGCUCCAGCUCGGGCUCGUCCAGCGGGUCCAGCUCCUCCUCGGCGUCCAGUCGCUCGGGAUCCUCCAGCUCUCGCUCCUCCAGCUCCUCCAGCUCCUCGGGGUCGCCCACGCCCAACCGCCGCCGCCACGACAACCGCAGACGCUCUCGCUCCAAGUCAAAGUCAUUGAAGAAGGACGACAAAGAUCGGCGCCGCAGGAGCCCCAGCCCCAGGCCCACCAAGGUCUACCUCGGCCGCCUCACCAGGAACGUCAUCAAGGAGCACAUCCAGGAGAUCUUCUCCACCUAUGGGAAGAUCAAGAUGAUCGACAUGCCCAUGGACAGGCUCCACCCCCACCUGUCGAAGGGCUACUGCUACGUGGAGUACGAGACGGCCGACGAGGCGGAGAAGGCCCUCAAGCACAUGGAUGGAGGUCAGAUUGAUGGGCAGGAGAUCACGGCCACCGCAGUGCUGGCCCUCAGAGUGCGUCCACCCCCCCGCCGGCCUUCCCCUCCCCGCAGGAUGCCCCCUCCGCCCCCCAUGUGGCGCAGGACCCCCCCACGGAUGAGAAGGAGGUCCCGCUCACCUCGACGACGGUCUCCAGUCCGUCGCCGUUCCCGAUCUCGCUCUCCUGGCCGAAGACGCCAUCGCUCGCGUUCCAGCUCCAACUCGUCUCGAUAAAAAAAAAAAAAAACCUGCAGGCUGGCCAAGUAGUUGUCGGUUGACUUCUCCGAACCCCGUGACCCAUGAGCUGAGUGAGCAUUAGUGCGACCCUUCAGUGUUUGAUAAGCUGCCUGUCAAUGACAAUUCCACUCUCUUCUCAUUUCUCCAUUGACGGCCAUGUUACAAAGGGGCAACGUUUGCUUUCAAAACGCUGUCCUGGUGAUGUAUUUCUCCCUCUAGGAACAUUUUCGUGUUUUUACAGCUUAUUAAAAACUGAGUAUUGUACAUGAGGGAAAGGCUUUGUAUAGAUAAAAAAAAGGAAACAUUUUAAGUACUAUUUUAGUAUUUCCCCCACUCGUAAAACAAAUGUGUUUUUUUAUUUUUUAACCAUAUUUUUUGUUCAGCUCCUCUACAACAAACACACUGCAUGAUGCUGUCGCUGAGUUCUAUUACCAUAUGAGAUUUGUGGUGCAGAACUGUCCGAUGUAUAAGAAUGUGAUUUCUGAUGGACUUUGUCAUUGGUAGAUUUAUGUGUUAUAUUGAAAAUAAAAUCAA